AAUUUUUCACUUCAAACGUAACGGUGCGACAAUGAAUAGUCAAGCCCUAAAAAUGAAUGCGAAAGUCAACACAGUAUUCCUUCAGGAGAGCCAUUCUAUGCUGAGCAGAAGUAAAACCAGAUCUAUUAUAGAAUUUCAGAAGAGACGUUAUGGACACGGCAAUCGCCUCGGACGUGUAACGGAAGCGGAACUGAAACUGACAAGCCUCCCUUCCACCGUCUGCCAAGAGGUCAACUCCGCUGCAGCGAGCAACAACAUUAUGAAGGACAAAAAUAUCACCAAACAAAAUAAUAAAGUCAGCAAUAACUUCUAUAUCAAGACAUCUGACACCAAAGCUUAUGGGCCCCUGCUUUCAUGUCCCCCGGUGUUACAGGUAUACCCCAACUCCAUGUGUCCAGACAUUGAGAAUCACCUUGUGAGAAUUUACCUGGACAAAAUCGCUCUUCCUCUGGCGUGCCCUACAUGCUGGAGUUUACAGAGAAAUACCUAAAUUCUUUCAAAGCUACAAAAAUAACAUUGGCAUGCCAAGUUUACAAAGAAUUGCUCAACUCUUUUGACAGCUAUAAAUAUAACAAUGAUAUUUUGACAUUUUUAUUGUUGUUCUCAGUUUUAAUGGAUGGUUUUACAACAAAUAUAGCCUUUAACGAAUUUAA